CUGAAGCCGGAAGCAGAGGAGCAGGUGCCGGAAGUGGAAGCGGCUUGUUUUGCUGAACCGGAGCCACAACAAGCGGUCCUGUCGCGAUGAACGCGCCGCCGGCCUUCGAGUCCUUCCUGCUUUUCGAGGGGGAGAAGAAGAUUACAAUAAAUAAGGAUACCAAAGUACCAAAUGCCUGUCUGUUUACCAUCAACAAGGAAGAUCACACACUUGGGAAUAUCAUUAAAUCGCAGCUGCUGAAAGACCCGCAGGUGCUCUUUGCGGGGUACAAGGUCCCUCAUCCCCUCGAGCACAAGAUCAUCAUCCGGGUGCAGACCACGCCCGAUUACAGCCCCCAGGAAGCCUUCACCAAUGCCAUCACGGACCUCAUCAGCGAGCUCUCCCUCCUCGAGGAAAGGUUCCGGGUUGCCAUCAAAGACAAACAGGAAGGAAUUGAAUAACAACAUGGCACUUUAGCCUCUGUGUUUGUAAAUUGUAUUUUUCAUGUUUAGCUUAUGGGAAACAGUUUAUAAUACCUAUGCUGCUUGUAGCAUCCUGGGAAGUUAUGCAUCCCAAUGUCUGUGUAGAAGUCAUUUAAAGGCAGGAUCUAUUUGUUAGAUAAUAAAUUAUAAUUUUUACAAAACUAA